AUGACAUAUACUAUUCGAAAACAAGCAACAUAUAUGGCUGGCAAAGUUCAUUUGUCUUUUUUGGCAUUACCUGUCGAGAUUGUCUAUCGUAUUCUGGACAAUCUCGAACCAAAAACAAUUUUACUUUCACUUCGGAAUGUGUGUGAACGGUUAAAUAAGAUUACUGAUACAUAUCCUCGAUAUCAGACACUCACCACACUAAAUCUCGAAUUCAAUCAAAUUGGACCUCUUGGAGCACAACAUCUGACUGAUGCAUUACAACAUAACAUGACACUCACCACACUAAAUCUCGUAGUCAAUCAAAUCGGACCUCUCGGAGCACAACAUCUGGCUGAUGCAUUACAACAUAACAUGACACUCAUCACACUAGAUCUCAGAGCCAAUAAAAUCGGAGAUAUCGGAGCACAACAUCUGGCUGAUGCAUUACAACAUAACACGACACUCACCACACUAAAUCUCGGAGGCAAUCAAAUCGGAGCUCUCGGAGCACAACAUCUGGCUGAUGCAUUACAACAUAACACAACACUUACUACAUUAGAUCUCCAUUCCAAUCGAAUUGGACACAUCCUUGAAACUCGUUUGAAGGAAUUAAUAGAGCGGAAUAACGAACGAACAAAAUCGUGA